AUGCUUAACUCUGGAAGGCCGCAUUCAAAAUCGCUCUAUUAUAGAGGUGAUGGAACUGGAAGAGAUACUUAUAUAGCCCACGACAAUGGAGGACUAUAUAGACCUCUUAAUACCAUGCCUGAAUUUCCAAUAGGAUCUUUGAUGGGAAAACGAAAAACAAGAGUCGUUACUCCUACUACACCGUGCAGGACAGUUAGAUAUAAAUCAAAUGGUACUGGAAGAGAUGGGUAUAUUGCGGAUACUGCUGGAGGAUUUGAAAGAGGCGCUUGCUCUGACAGGAACUUUAAAUUUGAAGGAAACCUAAGAAGCUAUUUAAUCCAUAGCAAUACAUAUUCUGAUUUUUGGAUGAAUUCUAAGCAGAAAUCUGAUUUCCAAAAAAGAUACUUCAGGCAAAAAAAAUCAAUUGAACGGCUUUCUAAGCCGAAAAGUUAUAAUUUAUAA